AUGCAUUUUAUUUUUUAUAUUGCUGAAUUUCUUGUUAUGUUAUCACAUGAUACACUUCAUUCAAAACGAGUUAUUAACAUACAGGAUUUAAUAAAACAUUAUGAUUCAUUAUUAGCAAGUGGACAUGAACCUGAAACACAUGUUAAUGGAACACGAGAUGAAACUUUUAGUGCAGCUGUUCUUCGAAUUUUACAUGACGUAAUAUUACGAAUUUUAACUAAUACUCGACAAUUAUGUGGUCAAAUCAAUAUGACAUUAGUUUCUCUUGUAUCCGAUUAUCUUUAUGUACAUAUCACCCAUUAA